AUGGCGCAGCUUAUGAUUGUUGCAUUAGCAAUUCUUAUAUUGCUAGUGGUAAUGGUGCUUCGCUUGUUUAUCGAAUGCAGUGUGUUCGGAGCUCAACAAUUAAGUGGCCGAAUUCGUCCUCACCGGAGAGGAAAUCAGGUGACGAUGAAUCGGGGGUGGUUUCGUUGUCAGUUUUGCCAAGCACCGGUCUGCAGGCCUUGGGACCGUGGCGAUUUGGUUAGGAGGCUAUCCACUUUCAAGUCGAUGACCUGGUUUGCCGAAUUUCAAGGGGCGAGCCCUUUGGAAUGUGCGAUAAGGGGUUGGGUUAAUGUUUAUACGGACGCAAUUGCUUGUGUCUCAUGCAAUGCACGCCUCCUCUUUUCUACACCAUCAGCAACAAGGCAAUCAGUUGAGAAAGCAGCUAUGGUAUUCAGCUUGAAGCUGGAAGGAGGACAUAAUUUGCUGUGCCCUUGGACUAAUAACUCAUGUGCAGAAGAACUUGCUCAGUUUCCGAUUCUAUCCAGGGCAAGUUACGAGGACUACAAGAGGCGGUUUUUAUCACUAUCACAGUUAAUAGCUCUUCCUGUUACUGCCCCUAUGGCCAUCGAUGACUCUAGAAAUUCUCAACUGGCGCUAUUUCUUAGUGGCUCUUCAAGUUUUGCGUGUCAUGAACCACUUGAAAGCUCCGGGACAAAAUCUUCAGGGCAUGUACCUGAAACAAGUUCUUCCAUCUUGUACUAUCAGGCACAGAAGCUGAUUAGUUUGUUUGGCUGGGAACCUCGUAUACUACCUUACAGAGUUGACUUCAAGGAUGGACAAAAUGAUUCUAAAGAUGCGAAUGUAACAAUUACAACAGGACAAAAACUGAAAGGUAAUAUCCAUUCUUCAAGUGAGGGUACCAACCCUUACUGUGAGCUGCAGGUUGAUCCUAGUUCUGUUGCUCUCGAUUGCCAGUUAUGCGGGGCUAGCGUUGGAUUAUGGGCUUUCUCUAUUAUCCCUCGGCCUCUGGAGUAUAUAGAUUUGUGGGGCUUACAGAAGUUACUGAUAAAAGUUUGGCUGCCCAUGGCCAUGAUGAGGCUUGUGCACAAGAAGAGGCCAUCGCAAGUGGAGGAUCAAGCAUUGGUACAACAAAGUGAAACCGCCAGGACUGAAGAAACCUUUGUAACCAUAGAGACAAAUGCCAUUGCAGACGAACCGUUAGAGGUUCCCGAACCUGUUCCAGAAGGCUCUGAUUUGAAUUUGACUGGAACUGUAAAGGGAGUCAUUGCAGUUGCUGGUGAGUUAUCUAGCUCAACCCCUGAGAAUAUUACUUCAACUAGAAACGCAGGAGGGCUUGAGCCUCACGGAGAACAAAUGUGUGGAAACCACGACAAAGUUGGCAGCUACCAAAGAAGCUAUUUCGAUAGUCUUGGAAACGGGGCGUCACAGUGCCAGAAACCUAUGCUCUGUAGUACAAAUUUUAAUAAAACAAUGGAGUUUGACCCAAUCAAACAGCACAGGCAUUUUUGCCCCUGGACCGUGUCUACUGGCAAAUCUGCUCCUGGAUGGCUACAGACACUAUCAGCUUUGAAAGAAAACAAGGAGCUCAGUGGUGUGCGCUCAUCUAGUUUGAUAGAGGUAAAAUGA